CGGCGCUUGUUUGUAAACAUUCCCGCCCGCUGCUCCCGCUGGCCCCAGCCCCGUGGGGGGCAGGCGCUGGGCCGCCAGGAGGAAAGGGAGGGCGUUGAUUGACCGCUGGAGCUGGCAAUCACCUGAGCGAGUGGCCGUGGAGCCCUUCCUCGCGCUUUGAAGUUUCAUCAUCCUUGUCAAGAUCUGGAAGUGCAGCUCAGGAUAUAGUAGUGUCCACAAAUCAGUAGUGGGAUGAAGAGAUGCUUUUGACAGGAGGCUUGAAAUCUCUCCUUCCCCAUGUGUUAAGAAGAAUAAUUCGAUUAAACAGACUCAAUAUUAGUAAUACUUCAGGAAUGGCAGAAGGCUAUAAACAGGCCAAUGUUGUGAUUUUGCACAAGUCCCUGGCUGAUGAUUUUGAGAAGUUCUGCCAUGCAAAUGAUGGACCCCUGCCACUGCUGUACAGAAGUCAACCAGGUGAUUGGAAAUGUCCUUCCCUGAGUAGUGAUUCUGAUAUCAGAACUGACUGCCUACAGUACCGAGUAUAUGAGCAUGGAGUUUGUACUGGAUCACUGAAAAGUCUGAAGGAGUAUUCGGAACAACUGAAGGACAUGGUGACAUUUUAUUUAGGCUGCAGCUUCUCUUUUGAAAAAGCAGUCCUAAGUGCAGGCAUUCCUGUAAGAAACGUUGAGCAAAAAUGUAACGUAAGCAUGUACAAAACAGCUGUGCCUUGCUACAGCGUUUCUCCCUUUUGCUGCAACUUAGUAGUCACAAUGAGACCUAUUCCUGAAAGCAAGUUGGAAGCAGCUGUGCUAGCAACGUCUGAAUUAAAAGAAGCCCACGGAGCACCAAUUCACAUGGGUGACCCUGGUCUGCUGGGAAUACAAGAUCUUUCUAAACCAGACUAUGGAGAUCCGGUUCAACUUCACCCUGGUGAUAUUCCAGUGUUUUGGGCCUGUGGAGUAACAGGAGCAGAAGCAGUUAUCAACUGCAGAGCUCCAUUAGCUUUUACUCAUUCUCCUGGCUGCAUGUUCAUUACCGACCUGAAGAACAACAAUGUCAGAUCAUUAAGGGGAGUCCCACAAGUCCACUGCAUUUCUCAAGAUCCUCUGCAUUUCAGUGUUGUGUCAGCAGAAGCAGCCCAAAAGAUAAAGACUCUAGAGACCCUGAUUGGAAUAGAUCCAGGAGAGCGGGGUAUAAUUCACCUGCAGUGCCAGGAUGAGCUUCUGAAGGCCUGCCUGGCCAUCUCCCAUGCCCGGUCUGUGCUGAUAACAACUGGAUUUCCUACCCACUUCACUUAUGAGCCACCAGAAGAGAAUGACGGGCCCCCGGGAGCCCUUGCUAUUGCAGCUAUACUGCAGGCCUUGGAAAAAGAGGUUGCCAUAGUUACAGAUCAGAGAGCCAUGGAUCUGAAUAAAAAGAUUAUUGAAGAAGCUGUUCAACUAGGAAUUCUGAAGAAACCCAUCCCUCUGUUGAAUUAUCAAAGGGAAAGUGCUGAUUCAGCUUUAAUGUUUUUGUGUGACAAUGGAAAUUCUGGAAGACCUAGAUAUGAUCACCUGAUAGCAAUAGAGCGUGCUGGGAUGGCUGCUGAUGGCAAUUAUUACAAUGCCAGGAAAGUUAACAUUAAACAUCUCGUGGAUCCCAUAGAUGAACUAUUUUUAGCUGCACAAACCAUUCCAGGAGUGACAACAACAGGUGUUGGAGAUGGAGGAAAUGAAUUAGGAAUGGGCAAAGUAAAAGAUGCUGUAAAGAAGCACAUAAAAAAUGGAGAUGUUAUAGCUUGUGAUGUUGAAGCUGAUUUUACUGUUGUAGCAGGGGUCUCUAACUGGGGCGGUUACGCCAUUGCUUGUGCUCUGUACGUUCUCCGCACUUGUGAGAUACAUGAUCGCUACCUGAGGAAAGCUGUUGGGUUUCCACAGUCAUCCAAGAAGAUGCUCUGGCUAUCGGCACUUCCCUCGGUUUCCAAGGAGGAAAAGCUUCUGAAAACACUUGUGCGUCACGGGGUCCGCAGUGGGAAAACUGCCAGUCUGGAAAUGGAAGUGGAUGGGCUGCCCUUCUACAACACCCAUUCACUUAUGAUUGAGAAGCUGCUACAAGAAGUGCAGAAGUGACUGUCCCUAAUGAUUUCUGCACUAAGAGUUGCUUCCAUGUAAUUUCCAUGUUCCUGAGGCUCUCACAUCAUGUAAAAAAAUUUAAAAAAGAUCACUUUUCAUCUCUGGUGUCUUGGCCACCCACAGCCUUUCAUUGUUAUCCUUACCACAUCUCUCUGAACCAAGAGGAGGGUUGACGAGGAUUUUGUCAACCUUUCUUUUCUGUAAGGCAGCAUUGCAGACCUUCCUUGUAAAGUGUAGGCUACGCCAUUGACCUCUGUUAUAUUAGUAGUUUGCCAUUUUUAUAUUUUGUCCCUUUCUGGGUGAUACAGAAAGGUUUUAGACACUUCAGAGUAUCCUGUUGUUAAAAAUAAGUUAUUGAAUACAUAAAUAAUGAUUUAAAUUAAUGCUUAAAAAUUAAAGCAUUAUUAGAAAUUAAUAAACAUUUGCCUUCAGUAUGGAGAAUGGAUAUUAAAUGAUAUUAUAUAAUAAAGUGAUCUGGCUUUUACAAAGAAAGCUUGCAAUUACAGUGAAA